AUGUGGGUCAGCAACCAGAGCUCCCUGAAUGAUUUCAUUUUGUUGGGCUUCUCUGACCACCCCUGGCUUGAGCCACCACUCUUUGUUAUCUUUCUGGUGGCUUACAUCUUUGCCUUAUUUGGAAAUAUUUCCAUUAUCCUAGUUUCCCGGCUGGAUCCUCAGCUUAACAGUCCCAUGUACUUUUUUGUCUCCAAUCUUUCCCUUCUGGAUCUCUGCUACACCACCAGCACGGUUCCACAGAUGCUAGUCAACCUCAGGGGACCGGAAAAGACCAUUAACUACGGUGGCUGCAUUGCCCAACUUUAUAUUUUCUUGGCCUUGGGUUCCACUGAGUGUAUCCUGCUAGCUAUCAUGGCCUUUGAUCGAUACGCUGCUAUUUGCAAGCCUCUUCACUACCCAAUCAUCAUGAACCAGAGGCGUUGUAUCCACAUGGCCACUGGGACCUGGAUGAGUGGCUUUGCUAACUCCCUUGUCCAGUCUACGCUCACAGUGGUGACUCCAAGAUGUGGAAGGAGAGUGGUGGACCAUUUCUUCUGCGAAGUUCCUGCCCUUUUGAAACUAGCCUGCACAGACACUCGUGUGAAUGAGGCUGAGCUCAAUGUCCUAGGGGCUUUGCUUCUCCUGGUGCCUCUCGCCCUUAUCACAGGCACUUACAUCUUCAUAGGUAGAGCAGUAAUGAAAAUCCGCUCUGCAGAAAGUCGCUGGAAGGCCUUUAAUACAUGUGCUUCCCAUUUGCUGGUGGUGUGUCUCUUCUACUUCACAGCCAUCACUAUGUAUGUCCAGCCUCCCUCUAGCUACUCUCAUGACAGAGGGAAGAUCAUGGCUCUCUUCUAUGGAAUCGUUACACCUACUCUUAACCCAUUUAUCUACACUCUCAGGAACAAGGAUGUGAAAGCGGCCCUUCGGAGGGCACUGACCAAGGAGUUUUGGGUCAAGAUAAGAUGA